CUCAAUAUCAAUUUAAAUAGGAUGAACCUCCCACGAUCCAGGGGUCAUUGGCCCCCAGCACCUCGAAAUUUUCAUCUCUUUCCUUAGAAUAUACUUCGACAAUAUGGCUGUGACCAGCAGGGUCCAGCCUCGGAAGCGAGACGAGAGCAACCAGACCACCACCACCACCACCACCACCACCACCAAGCUGCCUGAUAACACCAAUGAGCCAGCGUUUGAUUUCUCAAAGGAGCAUAUCAUCGGUGGCUGGCGGCCUGGCAUGGACCCUCGGGUCGAUUAUUCAGGUCACUUCGACUUUGGAGGUUCUCUCGGGUGUCUAGGCCUGAUGACGGGCUUCCCUCUAUUGAUGUGGUACAUGUGGAUCGGUGCUACCUACUACGAUGGAAAGAUGCCUCUUCCUGAAGACGAUCAGUCAUGGCUUGAUUUUGGCAGGCACUUGGUUCAUCUAGUAUACACGGGCGCAUUUCCCCAUCUCCGAGCAUGGCGUAUUUACUGGACCUAUUUCAUCUUUGAAGCUGCAUGCUACGUGCUCUUGCCGGGGUUCACCUGCUACGGCAAACCUCUUCUUCACCUUGGGGGGAAACAGCUCAAGUACCACUGUUCGGCCUAUGCUAGCUUCUACCUCACUAUUGUGGUCAUGGCCGUUCUGCAUGGCUCUGGAUUGUUCCCGAUAUACACUUUUCUGGACGAGUUUGGCCCAUUGAUGUCCGUGGCCAUCAUUUCUGGCUUCCUUGCUAGCUUCGUGACUUAUGUCUCUGCUUUCGCUCGUGGUGCCCAGCACCGGAUCACCGGCUAUCCUAUCUAUGACUUUUUCAUGGGAGCUGAAUUGAACCCUCGUUUGUUUGGCAUCCUCGACUUCAAAAUGUUCUACGAAGUCCGGAUUCCUUGGUUUAUGAUGUUCGGUCUAAGCUGUGCUGCCGCAACUCGUCAGUAUGAACAGUACGGAUACGUUUCUGGAGAGGUACUAUUCCUCGUCAUGGCCCACUACACUUAUGCCAACGCUUGCGCCAAGGGGGAGCAUCUGAUUACAACAACCUGGGACAUGUAUCAAGAGAAGCUCGGAUUCAUGUUGACGUUUUGGAAUAUGGCUGGCGUUCCCAUGUCAUACUGCCACUGUACUUUGUAUCUGGCAAAUCAUCACCCCUCCACAUAUGCGUGGAACAAGAACGCGCUCACUACACUGUUCGUCUCCUAUCUCUUCGUGUACUGGGUCUGGGACUCGGCCAAUAGCCAGAAGAACGUCUUCCGCAUGAUGGAACGUGGCACCUGGGUGAAGCGUCAUACCUUCCCCCAGUUGCCUUGGCAGGAGCUCCACAGUCCGAAGACGAUUGUGAGUGAGAAUGGUGAUACGAUUCUGGCAGAUGGAUGGUAUGGACUGGCGCGCAAAGUCCACUAUUCCUGCGAUAUGUUCUUUGCAAUCUCCUGGGGCCUGAUCACCGGUUUCAAUAGCCCAUUCCCUUGGUUCUAUCCGGUGUUCUUCAGCGUCAUGAUUGCUCACCGAGCUAUGCGGGAUAUUCAUAAAUGCAGGACCAAGUACGGUGAGGCGUGGAAGCAAUAUGAGAAACAGGUUCCUUACCUUCUCAUUCCAUACGUGAUUUGAGUACGAUCAAGCGUGGACGCUGCAGAGAGAAGGAACAAUAUCCCAGAGGGGAGGUGAACUUAGGUCGAUUGAGAGAAACUUUCCUGAAGCUAUUGAGUAAUAUAGACACCUACCCGGAAAACCUAUAGCUUCACAUUAAAUACGCAA